GCACAGCACCUUCGAGCAUUUGUCGACGGCGACGCGGCUACGGCAUCAUGGCGAUCCCGAACGAGAAGCUGCAGCAGCUCUUGCAAGAAAUCGAGCAAAAGGCCGCCUUCGCCUCCCAGCAACUCCAGAUCGUGCGCGGCCAGAUCAACUCCAAAAAUCGCGAAAGUCGGAUGCUGCAGCUGAGUGCGGUGGAAUUGGACUCGUUACCAAAGGACACUCCAGUUUAUGAUGGUGUCGGCAAGAUGUUCGUGCUUACUACUACUGAGGAUAUCAAGAAGCGUCAAGCCAAAGAAGCGACUGAUGUCAAGGCCGAAAUGGCAAAUCUCGAGAAGAAGCUGAAUUAUCUGGAGACGACUUAUAAGAAUAGUCAAGAGCAUAUGAAUGCUAUUUUGCAGCGAGGCGGGUGAGGGAUUAUGAUCUGCAGGGUGAAUGAAGUUGGACGUAGCCGCUUGCCAUCGCUGGCUUCGAGUGCUUUUGGCUUGAAUAUGCACUUUCUCCGGGGAGCACCGUCACCGAAAUUUACGGCUGGCUAGCCUCCACAGCGUCUUCGCUGCACUCCCAGUCCGACAGAAGGCCAAUACCCAUGCUAUGAAGCACUUACUGAGGGGGCUUCCAUUAUCGACGCGGUCGAUGUGCUGCCAGCAGUUGAGUCGCCGGCAUGACUGCGACUGUGGUCAGCCCUCUCGAGGAGGAAGCAGAACAACUGUGACAAAAGCCAGACUGCGGACGUAGAAAAUCCUGCCACAUUGCAAAUGGCCUCGGCCUAGCAGGAGCUGCUGCCUCAUAUUCCCGCACGAAUUAGUCUCAGCAGAUAGUCAAAAUCAAAUGCGUCGCCUUACGGGCUACGCAAAGCGCUUUCAAUCCAUUCAAG